ACGCGCAGCACCCUGCCCCACCCCUCUCUCGUGUUUCCGGCCUCUCCAUUCUGCAUCCGGGGCACGAAAACCGUCUCCGUUGGGCCUCGGGCGGCGUCCCCAGACCGGAACCGGAAGUGGACCCCGAGCCAGGAGGAGGAAGCCGGCUGCCAACCCGUCAGCAGCCGGCGGCGGUCGCGAGGGGCGGUGCCGCCGUGCUGCCUGCGAGCCGGUCCCGCGGCGGGCGGGUGGCCGGCCCCACGGCGCGGCGCCAUGAAGCUGUACAGCCUCAGCGUCCUCUACAAAGGCGAUCCCAAGGUGGUGCUGCUCAAAGCCGCGUACGACGUGUCCUCCUUCAGCUUCUUCCAGAGGUCCAGUGUUCAGGAAUUCAUGACCUUCACAAGUCAACUGAUCGUGGAACGCUCGGCGAAAGGCAGCAGAGCUUCUGUCAAAGAACAAGAAUAUCUGUGCCAUGUCUACGUGAGAAACGACAGUCUCGCAGGAGUGGUCGUUGCUGACAAUGAGUAUCCAUCCCGCGUGGCUUUCUCCUUGCUGGAAAAGGUACUAGACGACUUCUCCAAGCAGGUCGACAGGAUAGACUGGCCAGUUGGAUCCCCUGCUACCAUCGAGUACACAGGCCUGGACACUCACCUCAGUAGAUACCAGAACCCCCGAGAAGCUGACCCCAUGACCAAGGUGCAGGCUGAGCUAGAUGAGACCAAAAUCAUCCUGCACAACACCAUGGAGUCUUUAUUAGAACGAGGCGAGAAGCUGGAUGAUCUGGUGUCCAAAUCUGAAGUGCUGGGAAUUCAGUCUAAAGCCUUUUAUAAGACGGCCCGGAAGCAAAACUCGUGCUGUGCAAUCAUGUGAUGGCAGCCGGCGGAAGCCCCUGCGCUGGAGCGUCACCGUCAUUCACGUCAGCAGUGCAGCCCCCAGGAAGCGGAGCUGCCGGGGGACGACCCGGAUGGGGACAGACGCUCAAUUUUCACCUUGGAGCUCCAGGGAGGAGCCGAAGGGUGGUGGAAGGGACCUGGGGGUGGGGAACGUUCAAAUUCACAUGUCUAGUAAUUUUUGAAAAGAUGAUCUGAGGCCCCCAAAGGUGUACAAAAGGCCGCCAUAAAGCUCAGUGACUCCAGUAGCUGGUGCAGGGCUCGUUUCUAACCCCCUGAGAAGGACGCAGGCCCCUGACGUGGUGCCCCCGGGGGGUCAGAGCCGGCCCUUUAUCUUCAGUACGCCUUUGGGUUUUACUUGUCCAUUAACUGUAUUAACACUGCAGUGGCAGGGGAGGGUGGGUGCUGAUCACAGAGCUGGGGCGGGGAAGCUGGGACUUGGUUCUCUUGGGGAAAAGCCGCUGCGGGGGGCGGGGGGUGGUGUGCGCACGCACAGUGGAAGGAGACAGUCACCCGGCUUCACAGACGCUGAGACCUGGUUUGCAUUUCGGCUGAGGUUGACUUCUGCAGUGCCCAUCCGCCAAGUGCCACUAAGAAGCCUUGAAGUAGGGGAGGGGGCGCCCGCCCUGACUCGCGGUUUGGCUUUGAGCUCUUGGAUCACAGCAGCACGUGCUGUAGUCUCUCACGAACGGUUUUCACUGGCCUCUCUGGUGACAGGACUGUCUGGACAACCGCCAGGGACCUUCAUGUCUUAGCAAGUGGCCUUUCCUGUGGCCACCAUCCCUGGGGGCCAGGAGAAGGUGCCAGCCAGCCCAGGGGUUCGCCACAACCCACCUGUGGACUGAGCCAGCCUCGACCCCCCAGCAGAAGCAUUGCUGGGCCCCCGAGCAGUGCAAGGCCGGCAGCCCUGGGGCCCAGCCGUGAAGGCAGGCACGUUAGAGCCACCCAGACGAUGGCCUGGGAGGUUCUGGGCCAACCUGGUCCCUCAGGCCCCGCUGCCAUGUUCGAACUGCAUCGUGGCCUGCAGUGCUUCCUGAGGACACAAGCUCAAGAUGUGCCCUUGGAGCCCAGUCCCCAGGGAAGGCCCUGCUGGGGUGGUGCCAACCAGUGUGGGCUCGUCCUUGGCUGUCCUUCUCUGAGCGCCCUGUCCUUGCCUUACCGGGGAGGUCCCGCUGCCUUGACAGGGAGUGCCAGUGGCCCUGAAUUCCCUUGCUUGGGUCAGGUGGGAACCACAUGGCUUCCAAGGACCUCAUCCCUAAGAGGUUAGCCUGCCGACUGCCCUUCUGUGGGCACUGUCCCAGCCAGAGGACCUCGGCCUACCCCUAAGGUAGCCUGCCCACAUGACUUCAUUAUGCCAUGGACGUCCCUGGAAACUGCAGCCCUGGCCUGCUCGCUGGUGUCUGAUGUGGCCGUGACUUCCCCUUAGGAACGGUUGGAUAUUGUCUGACUUCCCUCGCACUGGGGAGGGACUGGGGGUGGAGGGUGUGGAUUUGGGGGAGGAGGGCGGCAAGGGUGGGUGGGAGUGGCCCAGACCCCGUGUCCAGCAUUUGUCCAGCAUUUCCCCAGCUCCUGUUGUUCUAAUGUUAAAUCAUCUGGCAAAGAGUGUAUUUUAAUAACCGUCACCUAACUUCUCUGUGUUCAGUCUGUGAAGUUCCUGUCUGGAUAAAAUUGUCUUUUGAAAUUCCGAAA